AUGACGUCAGACGUCGACGCUUCGUCCUCCAUGGGCGGCGCGCGCGUCGCGAACUCGAUCGCGCUCGCCGCGCGCUCGACCGAGAGAGGUCGAAAAUGCGACGUUCGAGCGUUCGAGCGCUCGAGCGGGCGACGAGGGAGAACGCGCGCGUCGCGUGACGACGAAAUGCACGAUUCGAGACUGAGUUCCAACGCUACCGCGUCCACGCGCACGCUGACGUGCGCCGAGGUCAUCGGCGACGCCUCGGGGGCGAUAUGGAUGCGCGAUAGCGUCGGUGGGGCGUUCACGCGCACGCGACCGAUCGACGCGAAGACGGGGAGGGAACGCGCGGUCGGCGUCCCGGAGCUCCGCGCGGUGUUCCUCCCGAGCGGGUUCCCGCAGACGGUGAGUGCGGAUUACGCCGAUUGGUUGCGAUGGCACUUGACGUCGCUGUUGUUCCGAGAUGUGAUCGAGAUUAUGUCGGCGCAGUCGCUGUUGGUGGCGCUGGGCGUGGGAUCGACGCCGGGCGCGCUGCCGCUCACGGCGGCGGCGAAGUGGGUGUUAAAGGACGGCGUGGGGUCGUUCGCGACUUUGCUCGCGGGAGCGUUCGGAGGGAGGUGGUACGACGAAGAUCCGAAGCGGUGGUGGGCGGUGUCGAACGCGCUGGAGGACGUGGCGCGGGCGAUCGAGUUGGUGACGCCGGCGGCGCCGGGAUUGUUUCUGCCGCUCGCUGCGAGCGCUACAUUCGUGCGUGCGGCUGCGCUCACGGGACGUGGGAGUCUGAUGAACGGGACGUUCAUGCAACACUUCGGUAGGAACAACAACUUGGGAGACAUUCGCGCCAAACUCGAGGUCCAGGGACGAUGGCUCGCGCUCGUGGCGCUCCCCGUCGGGAUUCAGGUGUUUCAGCUCGUGAACGCACAGGCGAGCGCGUUACACGCCGAGGGCGACGAGCUCGGCGCCGCCGCGGCCGCGUUCGGGGGCUACGGCUUGGUCAUCGGCGCGCACAUCUUCUCGUGCUGGCAAGCGGCGAGAUCUUUAAAGUUUGAUUCUCUAAACGGUUUUCGUCUCUUGCGCCUCGCCGAGGCGUACGUCGCAAGCGACGGCAAAAUCGAGCUUCCGAAUUGCGUCGAGAUCGGUGAAAUCGAGGGCGUUUACAAGCCCCGACGUACUUUGACGACACCGACGUUCGGCGCAUCGCCGAAUGAGAUCGGAUCGACGUGGGACGCCUUCAUCGAAGCUACGAAUGCGUCGAAUGGUCAUCCGUAUGUGUUAGGAUUCGAUUCAUCGCGCGGUGACGUCGCCUCUGCGCUCAUCCUGGAGAGCGCGACACCAAGAGAUAUGCUUGCAGCCGCGUUGGCGUGCGAGAAGUUGCGUAUCGAUAGAUCUUCCGUUGUGAGCGCGUAUGAUUACGCCGACUCCCAAACAGCUGAUUUCGAGGACGCGCUCAUACGUGCAGGAUGGAAAGUUGGUUUCGUGCAGACGGGAACGGCGCCGAAGUUUGCAUUGUCUACCACCUAA